UUUUACUGCCAUUUUUGCGGGGUGAGCUUCAAUAUCGCUCGCAGCCGCAAACCUGGCGAGCCAUAUUCAGCCGAAUGGGGCUAUUCAGGUGCUCCUUGGGGAACUGGCAGGGAGGAACAGGUAGACUGGACGGACUGUGCUCGUCAUGGGUGCAGCCUCCUUGUUUUUGCCGGAUUUCCCCAAGAAGAUGAUGCAGUCCACGACCCAGAUUACAUCCCCCCCGAGGACGAUGAAUAUGAUCCCUACGAAUAUGAUUCUGAUCAUGAGUCAAUCGACCUUCUGUUGCAUGAAGAAGAACAGAAAGGCUCUGGUAUUGCUCUGGACAACGAAGAACAGUGGUAUCAAGAUUGGCUUUCCACGUUUAUUUCCCAGACAGAUCUCCCGGGGGAGCCCAUUCGAGUCUCCGACGGAAGCCCAGAGCAAGAUGUGAUAAUACCCAUCCAUGACAACAUGCCCGGGACCUACGAUCCCGAAGAUCUAUUGCACGUUCCUGGCCCAACUUGCGGGAAAGCAAAUGCAUAUAGUGGCCAUGGAAUCUCCCUUGAAGAGAUGAGAGGUUGCCGAACAGCGCAAUGCUUGAUCCAUAACACGAUCCGUGGAGACUGGGAGCGUGACGGACUUGAACAAGACUGGGAACUUUCAGGGGAAUAUUUCCUCUCUGGCCUCAGCGAUGGAAUGCCAUCUCGUGACGAUGGCCCACGACGAGUAUAUCCAGUGAGAGGCGGAGUUGCCCGGCCAGAGGCCGAGAAUAUUCUCUUUGAUCCUUCUAGGGAUCCAAACGAAUUUGCUCUGCCUUUUCAUCCAUGGUGUUUUGAUAUUUUCUGCCGACAAUCUGAGUCUCAUUUCGGCCACGUCAACACCACUGGCCUAAUGAAUUGGCGGAAAGUAGAAUGUACCUUUGAAGAUUUUCACAAAUUUCCCCGCGACGCGGCUGUUGUCGCUGGCCAGGAGCAGUUUUGGAUCCAUGAACCCGGACAGGAGUAUCUCGUUGCGAAUCCACUCUACGUGCCGAAUCUGGUACCUCUUCUUCGCUCGGCAAUCAAAGAAGAUGGGAAUUUUGCUCUUUCUAAUGGCGCAUUUGACAUAGAUCAAGAAACAAAACACCACAUAGCUCGCAGUCUGGAAGGUCCAAAUGAUCCUUUGUUCUCCUUGUCGCAUGAUCUACGGUUAUCAGUUCUUGAGUACCUCGGGUCUCACGACAUUGCGAACCUAAGGCUAGCUUCAAGAGCAUUUCAUCAACUCCCUAUCUCUCUGUGGCACCGUCUCAUUCGGGAAGAAAUGCCCUGGCUAUGGGAGGCAUGGGAUGAAAGUGAGAAUAGUGAUGCGCUUUCAUUGUGGACUUCCAUCACAGCAAAUGAGAUGCAAGUGCUAUGCAAAACACGGAAACAUUAUUUCAGCGUACUCGAAGACGAGUCUCAAGAUACUAUGCUCGAUGGGAAAAUCGUCGAUGAAAUGCUCUCUUGGCCGCCAGCGAUACCAAGUCAAAUCAAACUCCCCAGAGCAAAGACAAACUGGUACGAGGUGUACUCAGGGAUAACUCGUAACUGGGACCAGUUGAAGGGACUGCAGAAUCGCAAGCGGAUCUGGAAGGAUGUGGAUGAGAUUAUUCGACGCAUUCAAAUGUAUGAGCAAUGA